AUGGGGACAUCGGGUGGCAUCGUGGGGUCCCUGCUCUGCUGCUGCCUCCUCAUCUCCGUCCGGGCUCUGGUCGACCCUGACGACGUUCUCACCAAGGAGGAGCAGAUUUAUCUCCUGGCGGAAGCCAAGGAGAGAUGCCAGAAAGACAUAAGAGCCCAGCUGGAGAAGAUCAAAGACACCAGCUGCCUUCCGGAGUGGGACGGGAUCAUCUGCUGGCCCCAGGGCUCUCCCGGCCAGGAGGUGGCCGUUCCCUGCCCCGACUACAUCUACGAUUUCAACCACGACGGUCACGCGUACCGGUACUGCAGCGUCUACGGCACCUGGGAGAUGGCCCUCAGCAUCAACAAGACCUGGGCCAACUACACCGAAUGCGCCACGCUCUUCUCCCCGGAGAGCCGGAGCCGCGAGAAGGAAGUGUUUGACCGCCUGCACCUCAUGUACACCAUCGGCUACUCCAUCUCGCUGGCCUCCCUCCUCGUCGCCGUGAGCAUCCUCUCCUACUUCAAGCGCCUGCACUGCACACGCAACUACAUCCACGUGCACCUCUUCACCUCCUUCAUGUGCCGCGCGGCGAGCAUCUUCGUGAAGGACAUGGUGCUCUACUCGGGGGCGCUGGCCAGCGAGCCCGGGAAGAUGCGGGAGGACGAUUUCAAAGCCGAGAUGGCCCCUCCGCCAGGACCACGGAGCCACCUGGUCGGCUGCAAGGUGGUGGUGACUCUUUUCCUCUAUUUUCUGGCCACCAACCACUACUGGAUCCUGGUGGAAGGGCUCUACCUGCACAGCCUCAUCUUCAUGGCCUUCCUCUCUAAUGACAAUUACCUGUGGGUCCUCAUCAUCAUCGGCUGGGGUCUCCCUGCCGUGUUCGUGUCUGUCUGGGCCAGCGUCAGGGCCUCCCUGGCGGAUACACAAUGCUGGGACCUCAGUGCCGGGAACAUGAAGUGGAUUUAUCAGGUCCCCAUCCUGGCUGCCGUUGUAGUCAACUUCUUCCUCUUCCUCAACAUUGUGCGGGUGCUGGCGUCCAAGCUCUGGGAGACGAACACGGGGAAGCUGGACCCGCGGCAGCAGUACCGGAAGCUGCUCAAGUCCACGCUGGUGCUGAUGCCGCUUUUCGGGGUGCAUUACGUGGUGUUCAUGGCCAUGCCCUACACUGAAGUCUCCGGCGUCCUGUGGCAAAUUCAGAUGCAUUACGAGAUGCUCUUCAACUCCUUCCAGGGCUUCUUUGUGGCUUUUAUCUACUGUUUUUGCAAUGGGGAGGUGCAGGCGGAGAUUAAAAAAGCCCAUUUCCGCCGGAGCCGGUCCCUGUGA